UAAAUUUCGGCAUAGGCGAGAAAGCAAUAAAAGCCAGAUUGGCGGCAAUACAAGUUGUAUGAAUGCACACAAAAUGCAUCACACUCGUUAGGGUUUCAAAACAAAUCGAAGAAGAAUGAGGCGAGGCAACAAUUUAUCAAACAGGUCUGCUUUUCGUAGAGAUACAAGGGGGGACAGGAAAAGGAAAUUUCCCGAUGCUAGAAGUCAUCAAAUGCAAAACGUUAGGCCAAGUGCGUGUUCUGAACAACGUGAGCGAGUAGAGGAUUCAAGAUCUGAUGGUGCUAAAACUUCUGAGUUUGCGUAUUUCAAAAAACUAAAGAGGGAAGCAGCUCGAGGUGAAUUGCGUUCUAGGGAUAGAGAGAAGAUGCAGUUCACGGAUGUGGAGUCGAACCAUUAUGGAAGAGAGAAAAGAGUGAAGCUACAACCAAUGUUUAAUGAACCGAAGUCGUCAGUUCCAAUUGGAACUAAAAGAUCUGGCGAUCAGCCUUGCUUAACACCUCCUGUUCGUGCACCAAAGAGCUCUGAGAUAAACAACAUGGUAGAAACUAGCGACAAAGACAUUAUUUUACCGUUGCUGAACGAAAAGGUUACUAUACCAAGUAACCACAAUCAUUGGCCCUCAUUUUCACGGAGUUACCCAAAUAAUACAGGAGUGCAGCAUUGUGACAAAGGAAUCUUUGGCUUAAAGAGGCAAAGAUUACUUCAGUGGGUUUCUGGUACUUUACAUAAGGAAAUUGACGAGCUCUCUUCAGAGGGGUUCAGUUUGGUCUCUAUGCUCCUCAAUCGCCUGUUUCCUGAAGACAAUAAAGAGAAUCGUGAUUGGGAGCCAAAAUAUAGUCAAGCAGAUAUUAGUGCCCGGGAUCAGUCACCUUGGAUUCCCAAUGAUGAUGAUAAUACACAACAUUCCAGGGGACACUAUGGGAUGCUUAAAUACCACUUAAUGGAAUCUGAAGAUGCUGCGUAUGAAGAUUAUUCUUUCACACAAAAUUUGUAUGAAAGUUGCAGAGAUGUGGUUCUCCCAGAUUUGGAAACUGGGGGUGGAGACUCUCCUUUGACAUCUUACCCCGUUAAGUCUUAUUCUUCCUGCAUUAAUAUGAAACCUUACCAUAAAAUAGAUGCCCCUAUUACCGAGAACUUUUUCCCUGAAAGUAAUAGUGCCCGAAAUCAGUUACCUUUGUUACCUCGUGAUAAUAUACAUCCAAUGGGACAUUGGCGGAAGCAUACAAAUCACUUGGAAUUUGAAAAUGCUGGGUACCAGGAUUAUGGUUUCACACGAUAUAUGUCUGAAAGCCACUGUGAUGUGAUUCUACCGGAAUUGGAUAAUGUUAAUGCAGACUUUCCUUCAACUACUUACCCCAUUAAAACUUAUUUUCCUUGCACAUAUGUGAAAUCUGACCCUUAUAGAGACGCCUCAUUUACCAAGAGCUUGUUCCAAGAAAGCAAUCCAUGUUUUCAGUUGCAACUAGAAAAUUAUGGAUCGAUUGCCUUGGCAAACCAUCCCAAGAACUUCGACACAUGCACUGAUACAAAUGAUUCUCUAAUUGAGAGAGAACCACAUGCUCUUCUAUUAGGUUGGGAUCAUAGCAGUGAAAAAGAUGAACAAGAUUUAUCGAUUUCGUUUUACAAUAGAAAUGUGAAUUUAUUGGCACAUUCUGGGGACAGUGAUCACUGGCAGAGUCAUCAUACGGAAGAUGAGAAUGCAUUGUCUUCAUCUUCUUUGGUUUCAAGUUAUUUCUUAAACUGCAAUUCAUUAGCGCCACCCAGUUCAACAAACUUUCGCUCCACUAGCAAUUCUGGGAGAUACUUUGAAUAUGAGGAUUGUCUUUACGCAAAGCUCGACCAUUUUCCAGUACCAUUCUCGUGUGAUUUAGACUCACUAAAGUAUCUUUAUGGUCCAUCGGAGGAUUUCUCAAUGAACAAUCACUCAGGAUUCAGAAGUGAUGUAUUAUCCUCCCAAGACCACUUUUGGAAUCUGAACAAAGUUAUCUGUGAAAACAGUUUUCAUGAUCAGGAGUCCCUCUUCUUUUCAACAAGGCUAGACCGAGAGCUGGGAGAGAAGCACUUAACGGUAAGUGAUUACUCUACCGAAAAUCAGUUAUCUUUGCUCCAUGCUUAUCAAAAUCCCCAGCAUGUUGGACCUUCCGCAUGCUUUGUUGAAGAGGAUAAGGAGUGUUUUCUAUACGAGCCAAGCUGCACCAGUGAUUACCCUGAUAGCCUUAACUUUCAAGACUUGUCCGCCCUUAAUAUUGAGAGAGCUCGUGACACCAGGGUUUCUUUACAGAGGCAUAGAACAAGUUGCGGAUUUCCUAUCCUUGAAAGCUAUCAUACAGAAGCUGAUGAAGACAAUGAAUGCGAAUUUGAGUAAUACCACAUGCACACGUAAGAUUCGGCUGUUCUGAUCAAGAUGAUAUAUAAACUGACAGUGUUGGCGCCAUGGACUCUAUCUGUCAAUGGUAGAGCUGUGAAUAGGCGAGGUGCCUGAAGCUGCUGGUCAGUCUAUCGUGCCUAAUGCAAAUGCUGAGCUUCCCCAAUGUACAACUCAAAGAGGUAUGGAAGUCAUAGCUGAAUUUACAAUUGUGAUCUACUCGUUUCCACCACUUGUGCUUGUAAUGUAUGUUGAUUUACCAUUUGAUGUUAGAUGUAUAUUUUAAACAAGAGGCUGUCUGGCAGUGCAUAUCUCUUGGGGAGGUAGGAUGAGGCACUGUAACAAACAGUCACUUUACUCACUGAAUAGAAUGCACAGAGCACGUUUAAGUUUCUGAAUUUCUCAGACAUAUUUCUGGUAUAAAAAAAUUGAUGGAUAUAAGGAGAAGAAAUCUGUGAAAGAGAAGCCUAGAUAACCCAACCCAGCUCCACCCUCGAGUCCGUGACCCUUCUUUGCCAAGUCAAACCAACCAUAUGCUUUAAAAUAACGUCAUGGUCUUUAAUUACUUUCGUGAAUAAAUUUUCUGAUUUGGCUCUAGAAGAUCCUAAUUAAUUUAAGCCUUUCACUAUUUAUGCGAUUUGAAUAUGUUCAGUUUACAUA